AUGUCGCUCACGGAGACGUAUGAGGCCGUCCUGGCAGCCUGGACUGAGGGUCGUCUGGAAAACGUGCUUCAAAGACAGAAAGAAAUUGCUCGCUUACAUGCCGCCUUGAAGCAAGCUCGGUCUCAAUUGAUAGCUGCGUUUGCGGCGGAUUUCGAUGUCCCCGAAGCUAGCGCCGUGGAAGAGAUCGAAUGCGCACUCGAUGGCGUGCAACAGCUUUACGAUCAACUUGAUUUCCCUUCCGCGCUCGCGAAAGAAAGGUCCAUUCAGGCAGGUCGCUCAGCCCCCUCGAACUCAGUGGCACUGGGCCCACUGCUGAUCCAAGCCGCCCUGCCAUGUCCCAUAUCGUCUGUUAUCUUGCCCUUGACUGCUGCUGUUGCUGCUGGGAGUUGCUGCCUUGUCCAUUUGUGCAUUGAAGCGCCUGAGGUCAGCCGACUGCUUUACGCCAUUAUCCGAGAUAGCCUGGACUAUGAGGCGGUAGGCCUCGUGAACCAGCCGCUGAGUUCCACAGACUUCGGCGUUCUACACUUUGAAUCCGCUGUCUUGCAAGACUCCGCAACCGGCUCUGAACUUGCGACUGUGCUGCGGAAAACCAAUCCGAUGGCGCGAAUCCAUACCCCGGCGCCCGGUUUGCCUGCCAUCUUUAUCGACCGUAGCACACCCGCACUGGAAAUGGCCGCAAAUUGGGUGAGAGACUCAAUUCUGAAUGCUCCUGUCCAGCACAGUGGAAGGAUGCCUCGUCUCUGCUUUGUGGAUGAAAGCAUUCUUCAACAAUUCCAUGCGAUUCUGAAGCGUCACAUGGAUACCUCGGGGGAGGCUGGGGCACAUUUGCUGGAAACUCCCACAACUAAGGAGAUAGCCAGUAGCUUAAAGGCUCUCUUUCCCUCGCUUCAGAAGAAAAUGUCGUCCAGCCGACCUGAUCAACUGCCUCGAUUGGUCGUUUUGCAAUCCACUGAUCCAACAAACCCCGAGACUAUCGGCCAGGUCGCAAAAUUGCUGACACAGUCGUACCAGGGCGUUUUGUUGAUUCCAACGCGCAGCUUGGACCAAGGAAUUGAUUUGUGGAACACAGUGAACACUGGCAUGUCCGCCACUGCAACCUACCUGUUCGGGCAGAAGAAGGAAACCUGGUAUCUUGCACAGUUCCUGAAAUCAGAGCACUGCUUUAUCAACUGUAUUCCACCACGGUCAUUCGCUAUGAUUGCUCCUAGCUCAGCACACGAUACAUUCACUCUCCCUUACCGCCCAGAGGACUUUUCUACCAACAAGGCCAUUCUGCAGGACAGCCAUUCAACUUCGCGCCGUGAUUGGUUGGAUUUAAAACGACUUGCGCAACCUGCUGGCCAUCAGCUCUCGUACUUUGAGCAAGGACUUAUUGUGGGUCUGAGCGUUACAGCUUUGGCUGCUUCUGGGCUAGUAUUUGCCAUUUUUAAACUAUUUAGAGGCUCUUAG